GUCUAGGCAAAGAAUGCAGGCACCUGAUCUUCACGUGUCCUGUCCUACAAAAACGUCGUCAUCAACGUCGGCAACGAAGCAUGGCUCCGAGCCCCCGCCGUUGCCCCCGGUGCGCUGCAUCAUCAAGGCGGGAGGUGCGGCCAUAACGCACAAGGCCCAGCUGGAAACACUUCAGCAGGAGGUGCUGCGGCGCGUGUGCCAGUCCGUGGCAGCAGCAGCAGCAGCAAUAGCGGACAGCCACUGCGGACAUGGCCCCGCAGGCAGCAGCUCCCAGGCGGGGGCAUGUGACGGCGAUGGCGAGCAGGGCGGGGGCAUCGUGCUCGUACAUGGUGCCGGUUCAUUCGGGCACCACCCCGCCAGUGAGUACGGAGUGGCCCGAGGGCCGCUGACCGACCCGCGGGUACGACAGGGGUUUGCACUCACCAGGUCCUCCGUGACGCGGCUCAACGGGCUGGUGGUGGGGGAGCUGCUGGCGGCUGGGGUGUCCGCUGUGGGGCUCUCACCCUUCGGGCACUACACCGCAAGCAAUCGAGAGGUCAGCACCUCGGGCGUGCACGCCGUGGCCGCCUGCCUGCGGUCGGGGCUGCUGCCGGUGCUGCACGGGGAUGCCGUACUGGACGAGCAGCUGGGCUGCAGCAUCCUCAGUGGCGACACGCUGGUGCGGGAGCUGGCGGAGCGGAUGAGGCCGGACUGGGUGGUGUUCCUGACUAACGUGGCGGGCGUGUUCGACAGGCCGCCUGAGGAGGCGGGGGCGCGGUUGCUGAGGCGCAUCCUGGUACGGAAAGACGGCUCCUGGCGUGUUGCUGAGGUGGAGGGCGGCUCGGGGGCUGACGGCGUCGGGGACCGGGAUGCCUCCGUGCGCAUGCGGGCGGACGAGCAUGACGUCACGGGCGGCAUCGCGCUCAAGGUGGAGGAGGCGGCGCGGGUGGCGCGUCUGGGCAUCCCAGUGCUCAUCGUACAAGCCGGCAGCGAACAUGGGGCCGCAGCGUGCCGGCUGGGGCCCUGGGUGGCCUCACAGCCGCACCAACAGCAGCAGCCCCAGCACCUGCCGGCACAGCAGCAGCUGGGUAGUUGUCACGUCAGCAGCGCCGGUGAAGGAGCGGUG